CCCAUAAUUAUGGCUACAGGAAACUGGACAAGAAUAAGUGAGUUUAUCCUCAUGAGCUUCUCUUCCCUGCCUACUGAAAUACAGUCAUUACUCUUCCUGACAUUUCUAACCAUCUACCUGGUCACCCUGAUGGGAAACUGCCUCAUCAUUCUGGUUACCCUAGCUGACCCCAUGCUACACAACCCCAUGUACUUCUUCCUCACAAACUUAUCUUUCCUGGAGAUUGGCUUCAACCUAGUCAUUGUGCCCAAAAUCCUGGGGACCCUGCUUGCCCAGGACACAACCAUCUCCUUCCUUGGCUGUGCCACUCAGAUGUAUUUCUUCUUCUUCUUUGGAGUGGCUGAAUGCUUCCUCCUGGCCACCAUGGCAUAUGACCGCUAUGUGGCCAUCUGCAGUCCCUUGCACUACCCAGUUAUCAUGAACCAAAGGACUCGUGCCAAACUGGCUGCUGCCUCCUGGUUCCCAGGCUUUCCUGUAGCUACUGUGCAGACCACAUGGCUCUUCAGUUUUCCAUUUUGUGGCACCAACAAGGUGAACCACUUCUUCUGUGACAGCCCACCUGUGCUGAGGCUGGUCUGUGCAGACACAGCACUGUUUGAGAUCUACGCCAUCGUCGGAACCAUUCUGGUGGUCAUGAUCCCCUGCUUGCUGAUCUUGUGUUCCUAUACUCACAUUGCUGCUGCCAUCCUCAAGAUCCCAUCAGCUAAAGGGAAGAAUAAAGCCUUUUCUACAUGUUCCUCACACCUCCUUGUUGUCUCUCUUUUCUAUAUAUCAUUAAGCCUUACAUAUUUUCAGCCUAAAUCAAAUAAUUCUCCUGAGGGCAAGAAGCUGCUAUCAUUGUCCUACACUGUUGUGACUCCCAUGUUGAACCACAUUAUCUACAGCCUGAGAAAUAACGAGGUGAAGAAUGCCCUCAGCAGGAUGGUCUGCAAGGCCCUAGCCCUCAGAAACUGUAUCCCAUAG